GCUCUUACUUUUUAUAUCAGAUGGUGACCUCUUAAGCCUAAGUCCUGCACAACAAGGGUAACUAAUUACUUUCUUCCUGUGUGAACCUUUGUUUUCAUGGUCUUAUAAAAGUGAUUCCUUGCAUGUCCCACUCACUUUCUACUUUCAAAUAUUCCCUCCUCAAAUACAAAUAUGAUGCCACCUAUUCUUUCAUACAGUUAUUCUCCUGUAUCUUCCUCUCUUCCUACAAGAUGGCUUCACAAUUAGAGUUUUCCUGCCUAAAAAAUGCAGAGACCUCGAGUCACCGAGAUAAAUGUCCGCAUGGACUGCAAUGGGUGUGUGCAGAAGAUCAAAAAGGCGCUCAACGGCGUUACUGGGAUAUAUGAUCUCUACAUCGACUUUCCCCAGCAGAAGUUAACAAUAAUUGGAUGGGCAGAUCCUGAAAGAAUCAUCAAAGCUAUAAAGAAAGUCAGGAAAGUUGCUACCAUCUGUUCUCAUACAGAAGCACCGGAUCCGAAUUCCCAGCCAUCUGAACCACCACCACCAGCAUCAGAUGGAGGGGCACCACCACCUGAAGGAGGGGCACCACCACCAGAUGGAGGAAGCGCUCAGCCAGCUGAGCCUCCGAAAUCAGAAGCAGCACCCCCGCCACCACAAGAACCACAACAAGAUCAACCCCCACCUCCACAACCACCUGAAAAUUCACAGGAUCAAAAUCCACAACCUGACUCAAAUCCUCCAGCUGAACCCCAGCAAAGCCAGCCAACAAACACUUACAGACCAAAGGAUGUAGAGGAGGUUCAUGUGGUAUACCGCAAUCCGCCUGACUACAGUUAUAGAUAUGGUCAUAGCAACGGGUACGGACCUGGAUACAGUCAUGGCUAUGGUGGACACUGGAGCAAUCAACCAGGACCUAGUUAUAGACAUGAACGAUCCCCUCAACCUGUUUAUCAUGAGCCACCACCUCAAUCUGUUUAUCACGAGCCACAACCUCAAUCUCUUUAUCAUGAGCGUCCUAGGCCCAUCUAUCAUGAGCCACCACCUCAUCGUGUAUAUCAUGAGCCACCACCUCGUCCUACUUAUCACGACCAACCAUCUCAACCUAUUUAUCAUGAACCACCAUCUCAACCUAAUUAUCAUGAACCACCAUCACAGCCUAUUUAUCGUGAGCCACCAUCUCAACCUAUUUACCGUGAGCCAUCAUCUCAACCUAUUUAUCGUGAGCCAGCACCAAGAACUGUUUACCAUGAACAACCACCUCAACCUCUUCGCACAACUCACAGUUAUAACAUGUACAGGCCAUCAACUCCCAUCACAGAAUACCAAUAUGUACAACCACCACCACCACCACCACCACCACAAUACACAACUUAUGGCAUGAUGGACCAAUAUAAUAUGGAUCCAUAUCGGAACAGUGCUUCUAGUAAUGGGAAUGUUACAUCAAUCUUCAGUGAUGAAAAUCCAAAUGCAUGUACAAUUGUAUAGGUACAAGAAUUUCAUUGCGAAUAGAAAAUCCUAUUUCGUAGUCCAUUCAUGAUGCUUGGUUGGAAAGCUAGGUGGCCAUAGCAUAACAUUACGUGGCAGUAAUUAACAAUAUAAGCCUGUGAUAAUGCUGUGACAGGAAUAAGAUUCUUGCUUGUGGCUAGAGAAGAACUGAUGCCAAAUUCGAGGGCUGGCAUACAGCCUUGUCAAACCAAUAUAUUAAAGGAAAUACGCACAUUUAUUUUAUA